AUGGCUCAACAACAGGGGGACGAAAUGGAGUAUGUUGCUGACGAUAAUGAUAAUGAAAUGGCGGACGCAGAAGAUGAUAUGUAUUUUCGUGGCAGAGUUUCUGGUGAUUCAGAGUCCGAAUCAGAUGACGAUGAUGAAUAUGACUCAAUGGAGAAUCGGAUGACAGACACCACUGCUGCAGAAGCUAGGAAAGGAAAGGAUAUCCAAGGUAUACCUUGGGAUAGACUGAGCAUUAGUCGUGAAAAGUAUAGACAAACUAGACUAGAGCAGUACAAGAAUUAUGAAAAUAUACCGCAAUCAGGAGAACUUUCAGAAAAGGAAUGCUCAGUAACAUAUAGUGGUGGAAAGUAUUAUGAUUUCUGGCAAAACACUAGAUCUGUGAAAUCAACAAUACUUCAUUUCCAAUUGAGGAACUUGGUGUGGUCAACAUCAAAGCAUGAUGUGUAUCUUGUUUCGAGUUACUCAAUUAUACACUGGUCUUCUUUAAGUUCCAAGAAAUCAGAAAUACUGAAUGUAUCAGGGCAUGUAGCUCCAUGUGAGAAACAUCCUGGAAGCCUUUUGGAAGGAUUUACUCAGACACAGAUUAGUACAUUGGCUGUGCGGGAUAAAUUGUUGAUUGCUGGGGGUUUUCAAGGAGAACUCAUUUGCAAGUACAUAGACCGAACUGGGGUUAGUUUUUGUUCAAGAACUACUUAUGAUGACAAUGCAAUAACAAAUGCUAUUGACAUUUAUGAGCAUCCAAGUGGAGCUGUUCAUUUCAUGGCUUCAAAUAAUGACUGUGGAGUUAGAGACUUUGACAUGGAAAGAUUUCAGCUUUCCAAGCAUUUCUCCUUCUCUUGGCCUGUAAAUCAUACUUCAUUGAGUCCAGAUGGGAAACUGCUUGUGAUUGUUGGAGACAACCCAGAAGGAUUACUUGUGGACUCUCAAACUGGAAAGACUGUCAAACCUUUAUUUGGACACUUGGAUUACUCAUUUGCAUCUGCAUGGCAUCCUGAUGGCCACAUUUUUGCUACUGGAAACCAAGACAAAACAUGCCGUGUUUGGGAUGUUAGGAACUUGUCAAAGUCCGUUGCUGUGCUCAAGGGCAACCUUGGAGCGAUACGUUCGAUACGGUUCACAUCUGAUGGGCGAUUCAUGGCAAUGGCUGAGCCAGCUGACUUUGUGCAUGUAUAUGAUGCAAAGAGUGGGUUUGAGAAGGAGCAGGAGAUCGAUUUUUUUGGGGAGAUCUCUGGUGUAUCUUUUAGCCCUGACACAGAAUCACUUUUCAUUGGUGUUUGGGAUCGCACCUAUGGAAGCCUUCUUCAGUACAAUCGGCGGAGAAACUAUAAAUAUCUUGACUGCUUGUAA